AUGGCAGUAUGUCUUCCCUCUUUAUCGGAUCUGAGGGCAGAAUGUACCCUCAUGGAAAUCAACCAGGAGCUUCAGUUGCAGCUAGAAAAGUACAAGCAGGACUUCAGAGACCUCACAGAGAAAUUCCUCAUAUCCCAAGCUACUGCUUACUCCCUGGCCAACCAUCUGCAGAAAUACAAGUGUGAAGCAUGUAAGGACAUCGUUGAAUCCGUGCUGGGGGAAAAGCUGCCAGCUGAGCUGCGGAGGCCAGCAGAGAAGCUGGCAGAGAAGCCAACGCUUGACGAAAGGUUGAGGACGUGUGAUGUCCUAAUUCGAAGUCAGGCACGUGAGCUGACCCAGCUACGGCAGACACUACAGGAUGGGAAAGAUGACUCUGUCCUGCUCAAGCAGCACCUCAAGGACCUCCUCACCCACAAUGACCUGGACAACCACCAGAGGCAGGGCUUCCGAGAGAGCCUGUCUGAAGGAUACCGCCUGGCAGAGCGCCUUGCCUGCAAGCUCAGCCCAGAAAUUGAUGAAGAUGAAGAUGACGAACAAGCACAAGAAACACCAACCCCCAGCAUGGAGCUGCAGGAGGUUGAAAAGAAGGAAGUGCAUGAAGAAUCCAAGGAUGAAUGUGUUUUGAUGCCUUCAAUACUCCAAGGAAGUUCUGAUAAGCACCAGCCUUACAGUGAUGACAAAUUUAACUUUAAUGAACUGGAAGUAGACAUUGAUCCGGAUGGACCAUGUGGUUACUCUCAUGCUAAAGAAGAUGAAAUUCCAACCAAUAUCUCAGACAAUGAAAAUUAUCACAAGCAAGUGAGUGGACAAGAGCUCACAUUUCCCAGCGUGAACAUGCAGGAUGUGGAAAAGAAGGUGGUGUUCCUGGAAUCCCACGAUGAAUGUGUUUCAGUAGCUUCCACUCCCCAGGAAAGUUCUGCCUGCAACCAGCCUUACAGUGAUGGGAAAGUUGCAUUUGAUGAAGAGAAUGUGGAGUCUGCCGUAGAUGGAGCCUGUGGUCGCUCUCAGGCUAAAGAGGAUGAAAUUCCAACUGGUGUCACAGAAAAGCAGAAUGAUCAUGAUGACCUGAAAGGACCAGAGGUGGUUGCCCCGAGGUUCAGCAGACAGAUGCCACAGAUGGUAGAAGAUGGUGUCCCACAGAACUCUCUGGAUGACUAUUAUCUUACUUACUCGGUUCUUCCUAGCCUGUCAGACUCCUUCUGGCCUUACAGGAGCACAGCCGUCUUCUCACUUGAGGACCUGGAUGUCUCUUAUGCUCGGGAUGUAACCAAAAAUCUUGCUGAUCUUGAGGACGAGGAAAAUCAAGACAUCAUCUGUUCCAGAAAACUCAGUAUGGAGCAGCUGGUGAUAGAAGAGAAUGAAGUCCACCUGGACUCACUGGAUGAAUGUUAUCUGGCUGCUUCUAUUGGCCAUCAUCUGGAAGGCUCAUGUCAUCCUUAUAGGAGUGUCUCCUUCCCAACAGAGAAGAGAGACAUUUUCUUGGCUCUAGAUGUAAACGGUGACACCUGGGAGGACUCUCACCAGGAACCUGUGAGUUUCCCAGGGUCAGAAGUGCCAACUUCACAGGCACAGCUUCAGAAACACGCCCAUGUGACUGAUUGUCUGCAGUGGCAGCUGGACCAGCAUCUUGACUGUGGUGACAGCAAAGCCAUUCUUGGUCUUUCUUCCACCAACUGGGCCUUUACCACCAACCCUGAUUCUGGAAAUCAAGGACCAUUCUUUCUAGAGCUGGAUGCUUCCAUCAGAAUGAAGAACCCUCGCAAGCUGGAAGGUGAGGGCUCCACAGCAAGCACACAGGAGCAUCCAGUCUGUAACAAGAUUAAAGGCUUAAGUGUCCUGAAACAGAAGAUUCUCAGAAGAAACCUGCUCUUUGGCAAGUGGAGACUAGCGUGCAGAUUCCCUGGCCUUCAAGCUUAG